AUGGCUACAACAAUCACGUAUAAUGCCCCGACCGAUGACGAUACAAGACCAAUAAUUCACACACAAGCUGAACAUCACUAUCUGUUAGGUCCGCCUGCAAAAAUCUUCAAACCACUUCCACCAACUAUCAUUCAAUCGAUUGAGACUGAACGACGACAACAACAACGCCGUAAUCAAGUAUCGCGUUCAACAGUAGAUAUUUUCCUCAAUAAGCAAUCAUCAAUCGACACCACCGAUGACGAUCUCGACGAAACAAAUCGUACACCCGUCAAAUCGCCUCAACUUCCUCGUCAUCAAAGACGUCUAAAACUAGCAGCACGUGCCAGACGUUCGCCAUCGGAUAUUCGCGUCACACUCUAUCCCGAUGAAAACGUCAGUGUCCACGAAAGUCUUACUCUUAGUCAAUCAGAAGUAUCGAGUCCACCAGAACGUCAAAAUGAGCUCCGACAAUCUGAUCCAUCACUCACCAAUGGUAAAGCAAUGAAAGCAAAUGCAACCGAUUAUAUACGCCGAACUAUUCUUGAUCAUCGUUUUAGCCGUCGAAUUCAUUCCUCAUUUUCGUCUUCGACAACCUUACGUUCGUUAAGUCGACGUCGUUCCACAGAAAAACUUUCGCCUCGCUCGUCAACGAACGCUCCACGCAAUCGUCGACAUCCGCAUCAUUUACCGCGUAAUUCCAAAUGGCACAUUGUUCGUCAUCGUUUACACGAUAUCGCGAUGAUGAGCGAUUCCUACGCACGAAUGAAAGUGCUCGAGCAAGAUUUACGUUGGGUGAAUUUACGUGAAAAGAUUCGCGCACAGGUGUUCGACAUACGCGAGAUGAAUCUUCUACGCCAACAAGAUGAUGGUUUAAUCGCGAAAAAGAAAACCCAAAAGACACGAUUCGAUUUGAAAAACAUUCCUGUAAGCGAAGUCGUUCAUGUUGAACGCGACGGACGAGUUUUUUCGAUGAGUACUCGUGAUCUUGUUCUUGGGCGUUUACUUGACGCUGAAGAUAUACAAUUAGAUACAUUUGCUCAAUUGGACGCUCGUCGACAAUUUCAAGUACAACAACAUUUAUUAAAACAACAAGAGGGAAGGACUCGCUUGAAAAAACAUAUCGCUUUCUCAUUUUGUUUGUGCAAUUUAUCAUUUAUUGUUCUUAUGUUUGCUGCAAUGUUCAUUUUUGCUAUGAAAACAAUACUCGAAUUGAGAUCAAGUCAGUUCCGUUGA